UGUUUCGGGGAAGAAUCCAUAAUUCUGUUUAUUCUUUUCUUUCUCUCUUUCGGUUUCCUAUUACUUUUCCAACUCGCAAAAACGAAAAACUUAAAAAACUCCUUCCCAGUUACCCCUCCGUCCAAUGAAUCGAAAUCCCAAAAUCUUGUCAUUGGAACCCUAAUUUUUUUUUUCUCUCCGAGGAAAUUUCGAUGAACGAAACGCUUCCUCUUCCGCCGUCUCCUUCAUCCGACGGGGAAGACGUGUUCGACGGCGCGUGGUAUGGCAACAUCCAAUACCUUCUCAACAUCUCAACCAUCGGCCUUCUAUGUUGUGUCCUCAUCUUCCUCUUCCUCAAGCUCCGGAGCGACCACCGCCGCAUCCCCGGACCAUCUGCGCUCUUAGCUAAGCUCCUCGCCGUCUGGCACGCCACCGGCAGAGAGAUUGCCCGCCACUGCGGAGCUGACGCUGCCCAAUUCCUGUUAAUUGAAGGCGGCAGCUUCGCUGUCCUCUUAUCAGUCGCUGUUUUGGCUGUGUUCGUCUUGCUUCCGGUAAAUCUCUACGGCGGAACAGCACUAUUGGGCGAUCAGUUCUCCAAGACCACCGUAAGUCAUAUUAGUAAAGGUUCAGGGUUACUGUGGGUACAUUUUAUCUUCAUGGUUUUUGUUGUUAUUAUUGUUCAUUUUGGAAUGUCUGCUGUUGAAGAAAGAUUGAAAAUUACUAGGUUUAGAGAUGGGAAUGGAAAUUUAAGUGACCCGAACGUGAAUUCAACUGCGAUUUUCACGAUUAUGGUUCAGGGUUUGCCUAAGAGUUUAGGAGUUGACAAAAGUGUUUUGCUGGAGUAUUUUCAAUAUAGAUAUCCAGGGAAAGUUUAUAGGGUGAUUCUGCCUAUGGAUUUAUGCGCAUUGGAUGAUUUAGCUACUGAAUUAGUUAAAGUUAGGGAUGAAAUCACUUGGUUUGUGGCAAAAAUUGAUUCUCGUCUUUUACCCGAAGAAGAUGAAGAUGAUGGGAAUGGAGCUGAAGGGUUUUGGGGUAAGGUUCGUUGGUUGGGGAGGAAGGUGCAAUGUGUUUUGGAUCAGAUUAUGGAAAGAUUUGGGUUUACUGAUGAAGAGAAAUUAAGGAAGUUGCAGGAAUUGAGAGCUGAAUUAGAGACUGAAUUAGCAGCUUAUAAAGAAGGACGUGCACAGGGUGCUGGGGUUGCUUUUGUGAUGUUUAAGGAUGUAUACACUGCAAAUAAGGCAGUUCAAGAUUUUCGGAAUGAGAAAAAGAGGCGAUUUGGGAAGUUCUUCUCUGUCAUGGAAUUACGGUUGCAGAGGAACCAAUGGAAAGUUGAACGAGCCCCAUUGGCCACUGAUAUUUACUGGAACCAUUUGGGAUCGACAAAAUUAUCACUGAAACUGCGGAGAGUGUUUGUAAACACAUGUUUGCUGUUGAUGCUUUUGUUCUUCAGUUCUCCACUAGCAGUAAUCACUGCUGUGCAGAGUGCCGCACGGAUUAUUAAUGCUGAAGCAAUUGAUAAUGCACAGUUGUGGUUGGCUUGGGUGCAAAGUUCGAGCUGGCUUGCAUCCUUAAUCUUUCAAUUUUUGCCCAAUGUUAUUAUAUUUGUUAGCAUGUAUAUAGUGGUCCCUUCAGCCCUUUCUUAUCUUUCCAAGUUUGAGCGGCAUCUCACAGUAUCUAGUGAGCAAAGAGCAGCAUUGCUGAAGAUGGUUUGCUUCUUCCUUGUCAAUCUGAUCCUACUGAGGGCCCUCGUUGAGUCAUCAUUGGAAAAUGCAAUCCUACGGAUGGGUCGGUGCUAUUUGGAUGGAGAAGACUGCAAGAGAAUUGAGCAAUACAUGAGUGCCUCAUUCUUGUCAAGGUCUUGCCUUUCUUCUCUUGCAUUUCUAAUCACAUGUACAUUCUUGGGAAUAUCAUAUGAUCUGCUGGCUCCAAUUCCUUGGAUAAAGAAGAAGCUUCAGAAGUUUCGGAAGAAUGACAUGCUCCAGUUGGUCCCAGAAAACAGUGAGGAAUACCCAUUAGAAAAUCAAGACCUGAAUAGUCUUCGGAGACCGCUGAUGCCUGAAACUGUGUUUGACACUCCUAGGAUGAGUGAAAUUGACAUUGAGGGACAAGAUCUUUCUGUAUAUCCGAUCAGCCGAACCUCACCUAUACCCAAGCAGACAUUUGAUUUUGCACAGUACUAUGCAUUUAAUUUGACAAUAUUUGCCUUGACGAUGAUAUAUUCUUCAUUUGCUCCACUUGUGGUGCCAGUAGGUGCGGUUUAUUUUGGAUAUAGGUAUGUGGUUGAUAAGUACAACUUUCUGUUUGUAUAUAGAGUCCGGGGAUUUCCUGCUGGCAAUGAUGGAAGGCUGAUGGAUACAGUGUUGUGUAUCAUGCGGUUCUGUGUUGAUUUGUUCCUCCUUUCAAUGCUCUUAUUCUUUUCAGUCAAAGGAGAUUCCACAAAGCUGCAAGCCAUAUUUACAUUUGGAUUACUAGUAAUUUGCAAACUAUUGCCUUCUGAUAAUGAUAGCUUUCAACCAGCCCUUUUGGAAGGCAUGCAAAAUAUAGACAGCACUAUUGAUGGACCCAUUGAUUAUGAGGUUUUCUCACAACCCAGAUUUGAUUGGGAUACAUAUAAUUUAUGAUUAAGGCAUUGACACGUUCACCAAUUAAUUAAUUCACGAUUUGUGCAGCUCAUCUCUAUGGCUUUUAAGAAAGUCUUUUUUGUUUCUUUAAAUGUUUAAGCGUCCAUGUGUCUAUAAUAGUUCCUUUCUUUUUUUCUGUUUUUUUUUUACUAUUUGUUUUUGGUUUAUGGUACAAGAAUACAACUAACUAGAUAAUGGUUGACUUUUUGGUAAUGAAUAGAUCUUGACUAACAAUUGUGUGUCAAACGUCCUACAAUGUUGUUAUCCUACAUAAUUAUAUGCAGUCUUGCUUCCGAUUUAGUUUUUGCUAGUGGGCAUAUUUUAUCUGAAUAAAUACUUAAAUAGCUGCCUGGAGUAGCAUGGAAACAUUUUAACAGGAUGAUGUAGGCUAUUCAAUCUUCAUACCAUUUAACUACCUUGAACCUGGGAUCUGAGUUACAACAGUGAAGGAUGCUUAUAUGUCAGAAAUCCAGUUGUUAAAGCGUUAAAGCUUCUGAUAUAGGGGUUGGUUGGCAGGUUUUUGGGUCCUUGAUUGAUUGCAUUUUGUUUCAGACACAUGUAACAAGUUACAUUUUGUAGCAACAUAUUGAUUAACUUUGCAUCGUCUGAGAUCAUCCAUUCUUGUUGAUUAUAAUGAAUUGAAAAUUUCAAAUCACGUUCUGCAUUUGUUAUUCAGUUCCCUGGGAUAUAUGCAUUUACAAGCAUUAGGCUAGGAAAGUUUUAAAUUUCAGUCUGUAGAGUGCAAAGAUUCAUGGAAAGUUACAUGCACCCAUGAACAUGUGAGUUUAUGGAUCGUAGUUCUGACUGAUGGUGUGCGUACCCUUCAGAAUAUGACUCAUGAUUGAUAGUCCAAUUGGAACAAAGAAAUGCACAUUACAAUCUUGUGUAUGUGGUGUGUUAUUUUGUGAUCUCUCAUUAAAUUUACUGCAGUCUGACGUGGUAUCCUCAGAAAUCCAUGGCUUGUAUUCCUCAUUUUUGCACAAGUACGAAUUGUUCCCCGGAGUAGUAAACUAUUAGGUUGAGAAAAGAGUGUCAUAUCAAGCAAUUAUAUGAACAUGCAUAGAAAGGAUUGUAAAAUGCAGAAUCAACCACGUUUGUGGAGUUUCACAUCAUGUUGGUGAUGUGCAUCAAUCUGUUCAUUGAGUUUCCAAGCCAUAAAUCCAACUGCUAAAGAACUCAACCUGGAAUUCUAAUAGGUUCUGAUGGUAUCCCGGUGCGUAAAAUUUAUGAAUGAACACUUAUCUGUUCUCUCUUUGUUCUGUGGAUGUUUUGACCUUGGCUUGUACAAUAAACAAAACUGUAGACGCAGGAGGGGGGUUGGGUUCCAUCACCUGCACCUUUUAUCCUUCUCAAGUCUUUUUCCCUCUUCCUCUUUCUAGGCAUGCCUAACUGGAAGAGAGUUGCUUCUGAGUGCUUGCAUUUAGUCAGUUUUCUAUUUAAUUGUAGAUGCAAAAUUGGGGUGUUAAUGCUGCCUAACCUCAUCUUGGUACGGGAAAGAGAUCCAUCUAUUUGUUGGCUAGGAUCAACCUGGUUACCUGUUAGGCAGGGAAAAAUGAAUACUAAAAGAAAGGCAGGCUAAUUUCCCUUCACUUCCUUUGGGAAAUGGAGACGUAUGAAUUUGGGGAUCUGGAAGCCUGUUGAUGUAGAAAGUCUGAAAGGUGUGAAAGGGAAUUCAACAUUCUUUCUCAUGUCAGCCUUCAGCAGUUCUUAGAUCGUGAUUCAUAUUGCAGAGAGUAGUUCUUUCAUUUAUUUUCUUACAAUGAUUAUCACGAUAUUUGCCACUAAACAAGAAAAGCUAGCAUAUUAUCAAAAGCGGAAAACAGGGCUCAAAGUACCCGAUAAUACAUGCUGCAAACGUGACUUUUGAGUAUUCAUGGCCAUAUGGGAGUUUUGAUUAGAAGCCUUGUAUUUGUCAGAGCAGAAUGGUAUAUGUAUGAGAUAAUGAGAAAAUAUAUGUGAAAGAAUCAAACUAGAUAAUUCCUGAAAUGGGAGGAGAAAAGUUCCAUGGGAGGAAACUUGGAUGAAAUUAUUUGUAGGCAAAGAUGAGAAAUGGAGGAAAACUAGGAGAUCAAUGCCAACUAGUCAAGAGUCUAAAGAACUGUCCUACUUCUACUCUUAGCCAAGCAAAUGGAACUUCUCCUUCACUUGUGCUAGGUCUGCAACCCGAUGCGGCGUCACUGAUCAGUAAUCCCUCUCUCUCUCUCUCUUGUCUUGGGGUGGCUAGUCUUUAAAUUAAAGAACGGUUUUUAUUUAUUGCCAUUUGAAUGAGAGAUUAAUAAAUAAGUCACAAGUUACUGUGUUUUGCUUGUGACUGCGAUUUUGUUUUUGCUUCUUUCUUUGGAGAAGAAGGCAGGAGAGAGAACCAUGCAGCAUUUACCGGUUAAAAGCAACCUUCUUCAUUCAAAUUCAGAGACGACCAACAUUGUCUUUGGAGGUGACGAGCAGCCCCUUUGCCCGAAACCUCGCCGCCUUGGACCUCCCAUUCCUGAGGUUCUCAAGCCCCUCAGAUGCAGCAAACACAGCCAAGCCAAUACUGAUGGGAGAAGUGGAGUUCUGAACAUGAUCGCUGAGAAGACAGGUGAUGGAAGAGAAUCAGCAGCAUGCACCGGCUGCUCUCCAUCCUGUUAUUCAGGUUCUCCUCCGGGAAGAACAGGUAAUCCCUUGGUUCACGACGUGCACUUCAUUCAUCAAAUGGAGCUUCUUUCACCCUUCACUCGCACCAAGCUUUCAGAUAAAUUUGGCAUCACCUCUGCCUCUCCCGUUUGAGCAUCAGAAAUGGUCCACAGCAGCAAGCCCUUGAAAUGGGAUUUCUUGCAGUGGAAGCACCCUUCUUUUGUGGGGUUUUUUUUGGUAUCCUAACUCUAGUACUACUAUGUCUUCUUUUUCUAAUGUAAUUGUGGGAUUUUUUCUUUGUAAAUAUCAUGAGUUGAAAUGGUAUCAGAAUAUCAGAUGUUUCUUGUACAUGUAUAGUGUUAUCAUCAUCAGGCAAUGGUUUCAGAUUUCUUAA